AGGCUAAGAAAGGGGUUACAGCAGGAAGAGAUGCUGAAGAGCAGCUGACAGCAGGGGAUGGUAAUACUGACAAACACAGAAUGCUACAAAGAGUCUUUUCAGAAGGCUGGCACAAAGGAAGAUGUGGCUGAAUGGAUGGAGAAGAGAAGCUGACCUAGAGAAAAGGAUUGUGACCUUCAGCUUAGAAAGAAAGAGAACUGCACUGCACUAGUGACAUGGGAAUCACAAAAUGGCAUGGACUGGCUAUUCUAGUGACAGCAGGAAUCACUGGCGCAAUCUGGUACCAUCACCCUUUCUCCCCAGCCAGAGACCAGGAACACACAGCCUCCCCUGAAGAGGGCUCAGUCCUAAAAACAGACUUACAUGAAACAUCUCUAAUGCUUCCAUGGAGAAGGGAUGUGCUGGUGUUGACUCCGUGGUUGGCUCCAAUUGUCUGGGAAGGCACCUUCAGUAGAGACAUCCUGAAUGCUCAAUACAUGCAGAAGAACUUGGUCACUGGAGUGGUCACUUUUGCUGUCGAAAAAUAUGUCCAGUUCAUAGAGGGAUUCAUGAGAUCUGCCAACAAGUACUUCCUUGCUGGGCACCAAGUGAAUUUCUACUUGUUCACAGACAAUCCUGAGAAGAUCUCUCACCUUCAGAUGGCCCCUGAGAACCACCUGUUUGUCAUCCCUGUCCAGAAUCACUCGGGGUGGCAGGAUAUCUCCACAAGCCGUAUGGACAUCAUCAGCACAUACAUCCACAGCCAGUUCCAGUAUGAGGUGGACUACCUGUACUCCAUAGACAUCCAUGUCCAGCUCUUGGCACACAUCGGUGUGGAGAUCAUUGAUGCCCUGGUGGGAACCAUCAGCUCUUGGCAGUUCACCCCACACCAUGAGAACAAAGCCUAUGGGACACACCCCGAGUCACAAGCUGCCAUCCCUGAGGGAGAAUGGGACUUCUAUUACACAGCAAGCUUCUAUGGGGGAAGCGUGUCCGAGGUCUACAAACUGACAAGAGCCUGUUUUAAAGGGGUGAUGGAGGACAGAGAAAAUGGCAUUGAAGCUCGGUGGCGUGAUGAGAGUCACCUCAACAAGUAUCUCCUGCAUCACAAGCCCACCCGCCUGCUGUCCCCAGAGUACUACUGGGAUGCAGAGCUGAGCUCACCCAGCAUCAUCCAGGUGAAGAGGAUGGGCUCUGUGCACAACGACAGCUAGAGGCAAGCUCCUGAAACAAAGAAUGUAAAGCCUUUCCUCUUUACAGCCCCACUAAACAGAGGGUAAUGGGCCAAAGGAAGUUUCCCUCUCUUUGUAGGACUGCACACGUUUUCUGCACAACCUAGCCCAUGAAGUGGGUGUCCUUAGCUAGAGACCACUCAACCCAGAAAUAUCCUCCGUUAGCAACUUUUUUUCCAACAUUUUGCUCUUCAACAGUUCUUUCAUCUGCAUGUUUGCAAGCACAGGCUUCUAGCCAUGCUGAGAACAUACCAAAAUUGACAAGGGCAUAUUCAAAAUGACAGUAUUUAGGCAUCUGAAUAAAGUCAGUUUGCAAACCUACAAACGGUCCCUACAGAUUAGGGUGUGCAAUUAUAUUUGUCUUCUGCUGUCUUAUAUUAUUUGCUUAAAAGAUGUCCUAACAAUAUGAUAAUUUAAUAAUUUGAACAAUACAUUACUAGCAAGCUUCAAUCACUUACUCCUUAAUUUCUGACAAAAUGAAAGCCCCUUCCUCAUCAUUCAAGCUAUAGAACUAUCUGAUUAAUUAAAAACAUGUGUGAAUUUACAAAUCCUAAAUGUAUGUGGACUAUCAAAAGAAAAUUAAAUCAUAUUUAAAGGUUUUCAACUUUCCUUUUUCAGUAUUAGCUGUAACUUCAGAUACAGCAAUAUUUUAAUGAUGUAAUCAUCAGCUGAAUGACUCCAUUAAAGCUUUCUAUUGCUCUCAAUAGAAAUGAGAAUAGACAAAUAACUGAAAGUUAUGUACACAAGAAAGAACUGGGGCAAACCAAUCCUGUCACACUGCUGCAGUCAUACCCCUGUUGCUGAAAGGCCACGUGAGCAAGAGCAAGUCCAUGUGGUGCUCUUGCUGUACUCCUGUCAUGAAUGGGUAACUCAGGCUGUCUAAAGAACCACUGCCAAAGGGGUCAGAGAAAGUGCUUCUACUGGAAUGUAAUGUUGUAAAAAUGCAGCUUAACAAAGUUAAGCACAAAUCAGAACAUGAGGUAGCGUGGCUGACCCAUACUCAGGACACAUGAGCAAACCAGGCCAUGCAGGAGGCUGAAGUGGGUGGGACUCUCUCAUUUGUCUGGGUAUUACAUUUGCUGUAAUAUCUGUUAUGAAUGUGAUGCUCUUUGCUCCAUAAAUCUUGUUUGGUCUUUUAA